AUGGGGGACGAUGCCAAUGGCGGCUGCUGUACCCUCAAGCGCGGCUCCGGGAUCUUCAUCCUCGUGCUCUCCAUCCUCUCCCUCGUCGGCAGUAUCAUCUGCGCGGUCAUCGCGGGCUUCUCGGAGAUGGGCCUCUACACGGCCUUCAACUGGAUCCACUUCGUCCUCCUCAUUUACCUUAUCUCGGCCGCUUCGGCCUACGUGUGCUGCCGAGCGUGCGGCCCCAAGAUCACGGGGGGGCUCGCCGUCGGCUACUGCGUCCUCGCCUUCGUGACCUUCAUCGUCCUCGCGACCGGCCAGCGGUCCGCCAUCGAGCACAAUUGCGAAGGUACGGUGGAGUGCGCCUCCAUCUCAGACUGGGACCAUCCUGAUCCCGAGUGCGGGCGCAAGACGUCGUCCUUCUCGCUGUGCUACUUGCCGGAGACGGACGACCGCCGCCGCCGUCUCGCCGCGCUAGCGUACGCUGAACCUGAAGAAGCUUCUGAGAAGAAAAAGGAGAAGACGAAGAAGACGAAGAAGAAUAGAAAGAAAGACGGGGCGCCGGGGCCACGGCGCGCGCUCCAGGGCUGCUCGCUGACCGGCGACCUUUGGUCCUCUCCUAGCGGCACGACGAAUCACGGCAAUUCGGACGGGUGGUGCUACAGCGAAUUGGACCAGGACGUGGGCUGCACGGAGUCGCCGAGAGACUGCUGGGAGACGUGCCUUUACUACUACGGCGACGACCUCGUGGCCAUCGACUGGAAUGACGACGGCACCUGCUACUGCCAAAAUGACUGCGAGUGCAUGUCGGACGUCGGCGACGACGAAACCUACCUCAUCACGCGCGACUCGAGGGUCGGCGCGCUGCCGCACGAGUGCGACGACGGCGUCGUGACCCUCUACGAGGACAAGAGCCGCGGCGCGGGAUGCGACGCGCUCGACUCUAGCGGCAAUGUCGUGAACACGAACUCCGCGGACCACUGCUGCCAGGGCGAAGGCUAUUGUUGCGAUUACGGGUCAUGCACCUCGGAUUCGGACUAUUGCGGUUACCGGUUCCGCUGUGGCGGUCGUCUCUUCGUCGCCGGGCCCUCGGGGGGCACUUACUACGACGCGACGGCCUACUGCUCAAGCAUAGGCGCAUCGAUCGCCACCAUCUAUAGCGCGACCGAGAACGAGCUGGCGCGCCAGGCCUGCGGCGGCUCGUCGUGCUGGAUCGGCCUCGAAGAAGUCGGCGGCGACGCGUCGACGCCCAAGGAGAGCCAGACGUGGCGGUGGAUGGAUGGAUCGACAGCCAGUUACACGAACUGGCUGCCGAGCGAGCCGCAGAAUCACGAGGGGAACGACGAGAGGAACGCCAUCAUGAACUGCUGCGGCACAGACGGCGUCGACGCGUCGGGCAUGUGGUACGACGCGGGCGGCGGCUACGGGGCCCCGAAGCCCCUCUGCCGCACCGAUGGUAGCGGUACGUACGUUGCCCCGACGUGGUACUACUCGAAGUGGGGCGACGACUGCCAGCACGGCGGCGGCGGCGGCGACGACCACUGCCGCGUGUUCAAGACACAAGACGACUGCAUCAACUAUUGCAAUCCGUGGGACGACGACGCCGACGAGCAGUGCGAGGACGCGGACGACCCGGAAGACUGCAACUCGAUCGUUACGCACGUCAACACGGUGGCCGGCUGGUCGACGUUUUUUGUAGGGCUGGUGCUCUUCCCGACUCUCGUGUGGGUCGCGCUGCUCUUCGCCGUCCCGGACCCGCAAGCUGCUGCGCCCGUGACCGCGGUGGAGUUGCCACGCAUGCAACCCCAAGUGAUGAUGGUAUCGCCCGUAUCGCCCGGGGGCGGGCAACCUCAGGUGAUCAUGGGCCAGCCCCAGAUUGUCCAGGGGGGGCAACCUCAGGUGAUCAUGGGCCAGCCCCAGAUGGUCCAGGGCGGGCAACCUCAGGUGAUCAUGGGCCAGCAACCUCAGGUGAUCAUGGGCCAGCCCCAGGUUGUCCAGGGUGCCCCGUCGAAGCUCGCCGAGUUCUAG